CACCGUUUCAAAGAAAACUUUGCCUUGAUUCAUAGCAACUGAAACAACGUAUUUUCCUUUCUUCUUCUUCUUCUUCUUCUUUUGUUUCUAGUUGUGUUUGGCAGCUUGAUAGAUGGAGAGCGGGGACAACGCGGUGGCGCCGUUCGUCGCGAAGACCUACCACAUGGUCAGCGACCCGACGACGGACGAUCUGGUCAGGUGGGGCAGGGCCAACAACAGCUUCAUCGUGACGGACCCUCUUGGGUUCUCCCUCAGGAUCUUGCCCGCUUACUUCAAGCACGGCAAUUUCUCGAGCUUCGUUCGCCAACUUAACACCUAUGGUUUUAAGAAGGUCGAUCCGGACAAGUGGGAGUUUGCCAAUGAACACUUUCUCCGGGGCCAAACUCAUCUUUUGAGCAAGAUAGCGAGGAGGAAGAAUAACCCCAUAAACACUGCUCAUCCGGAGACUGUGAACAGUAAUGGAGAAGUGGAAGAUGAAGACGUGGCCAUGGAGAUAAGCAGGUUGAGACAAGAGCAAAGGACAUUGGAGCAGGAGCUUGAAGGCAUGAGCAAGAGGCUAGAGGCCACAGAGAGGAGGCCACACCAAAUGAUGGAGUUCUUGCACAAGAUUGUGGAGGACCCACAGUUGAUUCCAAGGAUGAUGCUUGAGAAAGAUAGGACGAGGCAACUGCUGUGUGAGAAGAAGAGGAGAUUGUUGAAAUCAUCCUCUUCCUCUAACUUAUCGCCAUCGCCGUCGGCGUCGCCAUCGUCGUUUUCUUCCUUCUCUAGGGCACCGGAUAUGUCCAAUUCUAUCAUGGAUGAAGAAGAGAAGGAUGACAGGCGGACCCAUUUACGGCCACCGCAGGAUACCAACAUUAUUGUGCCCAACUGGCACGGUGCUAAUGCAAGUCUAGGGGUGCCGAGGUGGGAGGUCGUGAGCGCGGGUCGAGUUGCUGGCGUGGCAUGCGAGCCUAAAAUGGCUAAUUGGUCGCUUCCGCCGGCUGCCGGAGCAGGUGGCGGAGAUGACGGAGCUGGGGCAGUGUUGCCCCAUCAACUUGGCUCGAGCGAAUUUGGCGGUGGCAUCGAUAGUGGUUGGGAGUCGGGGUACAUCGGAGACGCGGCCGUGCCAUUAGGGGAGGGGCCACCGCCGCCGCCUUAUCCAUUUUCUUUGUUCUUCCACUAAGUGACGAUGAGAAAUAUUUUCUUUUCUUAGGAGGUCAAUUCCCAUAAUUUAUCCUACGUAUUUAUUAUUUUUCCAGCCUUUUGUUAUUUUUCUUGAUAACAAAAAAGAAAAAGAAAAAUCCAAACUACUCAUGUAUUCAUUAUCAUGUUUAAAGUUUUAGGGUUUGAAA